UUCAGGUCACAUUUCUCCAAGCUGCACCAACGGGAAAUCAAUACCGAGCUUUUUUACAAGUACCUAAUGCCCCACAUUGCAAGCACAGUCAUCGCCGUCAGCGUGUGCCGUCGCCGUUGCUAACUCGACGCCUCCUCCUGGCCAAGGCAUGCUUCUUGUGGCAGCCUAGUGCCCACCGGGAUAGUGUGCUCCACAGAAUGGGAUAGCGACACCGAUCCUGAUACACUUUCCAACUGAACUAAUCAGAUUGGACGAGAGAAGCAAGGAAGAUGAUUGAUCCAUCUUCAUCUGAAGAAGACAGUGAAGAGGAACACGCCCCUUCACAUGCGGGCCACCACACCGCCGCUCAUCACCACCACCAAACCCACCACCACCACCCGGCAGAAGCUUCUCCUUACCAUGCACACCUUUCGGAUUCCGGAAGCGGGAACUUGGAGGUACCGAAUAACACCGCGGUCCUCCAACGUUCUCUCUCGCCCUCCAGUGCAGUAUCCGCUGAAACUCUUAGUCACAGUAUAGGCUCAUCCCGCGCGAACUCCUUACCUCGCCCUACCAGCCCUUCCCCAUCCGUGGCCUCUGAGAAGACCGAAGUGGACCUCCAAGAGAAACAAGAACGCGAAGAAGAAGAACGGAAACGGCGCAUCCAGCUGUACGUGUUCAUCUCGAGGUGUAUUGCUUAUCCCUUCAACGCGAAACAACCAACGGAUAUGACGAGACGUCAGACCAAAAUCACAAAACACCAAUUAGAAACUAUCACCGCCAGAUUUCAGAGUUUUUUGAAAGGAGAAACUCAAAUAAUGGCGGAUGAAGCUUUCCAAAACGCUGUACAAAAUUACUACGAUGUUUUCCUCAAAUCGGAGAGAGUAGUGAAAAUGGUACAAUCUGGUGCUUGUUCGCAAUAUGAUUUUAGAGAGGUUUUUAGGAAUAAUAUCGAAAAACGCGUUAGGUCUUUGCCAGAAAUGGAGGGUUUAAGUAAAGAAACCGUUCUUACCUCAUGGAUGGCCAAAUUCGACUGUAUUCUAAAAGGAUUAGGAGACGAAGAUUCCAAGCGGCCUUCUAGAAUGCAACAGCAAUCGUUAAAUUCGGAGUUAAUUUUGUCGAAAGAGCAACUGUACGAUAUGUUCCAACAAAUACUGGGCGUUAAAAAAUUCGAACACCAACUUCUGUUUAACGCUCUCAUGCUUGAUUCGGCUGACGAACAAGCGGCUGCUAUUAGAAGAGAGUUAGACGGAAGAAUGCAGAAAGUAGCUGAAAUGGAAAAGAACCGGAAGUUAAUGCCGAAAUUUGUUCUGAAAGAAAUGGAGUCAUUGUACAUAGAGGAAUUAAAGUCAUCAAUAAAUUUAUUGAUGGCGAAUCUCGAAUCUCUCCCAGUUUCAAAAGGAUCGAUGGACUCUAAAUAUGGCUUGCAAAAACUAAAACGCUAUAAUCACAGGUUGCAUAACCAUAAUAAUCCGUAUAAUGUGAAGCAUCUUUUGAUGAAUUAUGUUACUUCUUUUAGAUCGCAAGGAUCUUUAGCAAAAUUAGAAGGAGAUUCAGCUGACAGUGAUACGCAACUGACAAAACUUGAUGUUGUGCUAACUUUUCAAUUAGAGGUAGUAGUAAUGGAAGUAAAAGGUUUAAAAUCUCUAGCGCCCAAUCGAAUUGUGUAUUGCACAAUGGAAGUAGAAAACGGAGAAAAGUUACAAACUGAUCAAGCCGAAGCCUCCAAACCCAUGUGGGACACGCAAGGCGACUUUUGCACCACACAUCCCUUGCCGAUUGUCAAAGUAAAACUGUACACAGAAAAUCCUGGAAUGCUUGCUCUCGAAGACAAAGAACUGGGAAAAGUCUCUCUCAAACCGACGCCUCUUUCAUCAAAGGUACCGGAAUGGCACAAAAUGACCGUACCUAAAAACCUGCCUGAUCAAGAUUUGCGGAUUAGAAUAGCGUGUAGAAUGGACAAACCUUUGAACAUGAAACAUUGCGGUUAUCUGUAUGCUUUGGGGAAAAACGUUUGGAAAAAGUGGAAAAAACGAUAUUACGUCUUGGUACAAGUAUCUCAAUACACAUUCGCGAUGUGCAGUUACAAAGAGAAAAAGUCGGAACCAUCCGAAAUGAUGCAGUUGGACGGUUACACGGUGGAUUACAUCGAAGCUUCAAGUGCGAACUUAAUGGUCGGAAUGGAUUUGGAAGGUGGGCGAUAUUUUUUUAACGCUGUUAGAGAGGGCGAUAGCAUUAUUUUCGCGAGCGAUGACGAAAACGAAUGCCAUUUGUGGGUGAUGGCAAUGUACCGCGCGACCGGGCAAAGCCACAAACCCACGCCGCCCUUAACGCUGCAAGAUAAAAAUUCGACGAUAUCUAAAAUACAAGGAGACGCUGAUCGCGCACGAAAACACGGAAUGGAGGACUUCAUAUCGGCAGAUCCUUGUCAGUUUGACCACGCUUCUCUGUUCAAACUUCUGCAAAACCUCACAUUAGAAUACCGACUCAACGACCCGUACUGUUCUUUGGGGUGGUUUAGUCCCGGCCAAGUGUUCGUUUUGGACGAAUAUUGCGCGAGAUAUGGAGUGCGGGGAUGUUACAGACAUUUAUGUUAUUUAUCCGACUUAUUAGAUAGGGCAGAAAAAAAUGUUAUGAUUGACCCUACACUUAUACACUAUAGUUUUGCGUUCUGCGCAAGCCACGUACAUGGAAACAGACCCGACGGCGUUGGCAGCGUCACCCACGAAGAGAAAGAAAAAUUUCAAGAUGUUAAGGAACGAUUACGAGUUUUAUUAGAAAACCAAAUUACCAAUUUCAGGUAUUGCUUUCCUUUUGGGAGACCAGAGGGCGCCUUAAAAGCCACCCUUUCAUUAUUGGAAAGGGUUCUAAUGAAAGAUAUCGUUACACCAGUGCCUCCUGAAGAAGUACGCGGGAUGAUCAAGAAGUGUCUAGAAACUGCUGCGUUACUCAACUACACUAGAUUAUCGUCAGAAGCUAAAAUAGAAGAAGACUUACGAGGGGAAACCAUGGUGCCACCCAGCAAAAAAUUAGAUGAUUUAAUUCACUUAGCUGAAUUAUGUGUUGACUUACUGCAACAAAAUGAGGAACAUUACGCCGAGCAACUGCGCAAGGCAGACCGGCAACCGUCGCCACAAGCCGCAGCCUCGGCGGGCACGAACGCUAGUUCGGCCGCUCCGGGUGCUCCCGGCACUCAGGGCCGUGAUGCCAAGCAGCAAAACUCUGUGUUCCGCUAUUGCAUGCCUCAGCAUGCCACUUACACCCCACCAGACCCCACGGCCUUUGCGUGGUUCAGUGAUUUACUAGUAGAACACGCUGAAAUAUUUUGGUCCUUGUUUGCUGUCGACAUGGAUCGGGUUUUAGCCGAACAACCCGCAGACACCUGGGACUCAUUCCCGCUUUUUCAAAUACUUAACGAUUAUCUCAGAACUGACGACAAUUUAAAAAAUGGACGCUUCCAUCAACACCUCCGGGACACGUUUGCUCCUCUUGUGGUGCGUUACGUGGAUCUAAUGGAAUCCUCGAUAGCCCAAUCCAUUCAUAAGGGCUUCGAGAAGGAACGCUGGGAAAUCAAAGUAAAUGUUUCCUUUCGAGUAAACGCUUUUCUAGUUUGUGGUUGUAGUAACGGUUGUGCAACGUCCGAAGACCUAUUCUGGAAACUAGACGCCCUUCAGUCCUUCAUCCGAGACCUUCACUGGCCCGACGCGGAGUUCCGCCAGCAUCUAGAGCAGCGUCUCAAACUCAUGGCGUGCGAUAUGAUCGAAUCCUGCAUUCAAAGGACCGAAACCGCCUUCCAACAGUGGCUGAAAAAAUCCGUUACCUUCAUCUCGACGGAUUACAUAAUCCCAUCCGAAAUGUGUGCGAUGGUCAAUGUUAUUUUGGACGCCAAAAACCAAUCUUUCAAAUUGUGCGCGGUCGACGGUAUCGAUGUCCAUCAAUACCACACGAAAAUCGACGACCAAAUUGACAAGACCUUGGCAAACAUGAAUCAAGGGAUGAUCAGCAAAUUAAUGUCGGUUUUGGAAGCGACCUUGUCUAAGCUUUCACGUUAUGACGAAGGGAGCUUGAUUGGAUCGAUUUUAAGUUUCACGAACGUUUCCGGUUCCGGGAAGGAUAUGGGUCAGGGUUACGUAAACUUCACACGUAACUGCAUGGACCAAAUAAGAGGUAAAGUAACGGAUGAACUCUGGAUUCUAAAUUUCUUCGAACAGUGGUACACCAGUCAAAUCAACAUGCUUUGCAACUGGUUAUCAGAACGGUUGGAUCACACUUUGCAUCCAUACCAAUGUACGUGCCUUGCCCAUAUUGUGAAGAAAAUCUACUCAGACUUUGAACUUCAAGGCGUCAUGGAAGAUAAACUAAAUUCCAAAGCUUAUCAAACAAUAGCUCAGAGAAUGCAAACGGAGGAAGCUACAUGUGUUCUUACGAUGGGACAAGCAGAAGGGGGAUCGGAAGGUUUAGAUGAAGACGCGGACAACAGGAGCAAAACGAAGGUUACGAUAAUGGAGAGUUUAAGCGGGGAAGAUGGGAAUUACGUUUCGAAUAUUGGAAACAUGGUGGCGGGACGAGUUGGCAAUAUUUUUGGGAAGGGAUUAGGAGGAAUAAGUACAAAAUUUGGUGGUGGUGCAAGCAGCUGGUUUUAAAUGAGCAAAUUUUUAUUAUAGCUUAUAUUUUCUCACAUGAGUUACGUGAAUGCUGGCACUGGCCUGAUAUUGUGAUGGUCCGUUUUUAACUCUUAAUAAUGAAUUUAGGUACUUGAAAUAAUUUCAAAGCAAUUUUAGUAAACUUUUGUACCGUGUGUUGACAUUUGUUGACUAUAUACUAUACGUUCUUUACCAAUAAUCUUGUUCGAAAAUACCCAAUAAUAUUCACUAUAUAUUCUUGAUUUGCUACCACUAUAUAGUUAUAACUAAUUUAGUUUCAAAUGUAUUGGUGCCAUUCUGGCACUACCUAUAACAUUAAGCCUUCAGGAACACACCAUGCGAAUUGGUACAAUAAAUAUAAACAAUGCCAUCGCACUGGACUCGACCAAAAUGAUUCCUUUUUAUUCGAUCAACAUUUGUUACAACACGUCACACAUGUUAUGUAAGAAAUUUUGUAUAUAUUGUGCUAGAUCGUAGUGUAUAAAUAUUCAGUCUGUUACAUGACACAUUACUUGAUGUUUACUAAAAUUAAAUAAAUUUUUAUUACAUAUCAAAUAUGUAAGCUUCUAUUUUUUCUAUUUUAAAAAGUUACGAUCAAAUUUGUUGGUUGAAGUGUUAUUAAUAUAUAGAAUUAGCUCUUGCAUUAAAUCAAGACGAGUCCAGUGCAGUUGGCAAGUGUAGUGUAAAAAUGCAAAUUAAUGACGUUUUCAGUAUCUUAAAGCACAUUUGCUAUAAAUAGCAUUGCGCAUAUCUUAGGAACGUAUUGUUGUAGACAUGUUGGAUACUGAAAAUGUUUUUGUUUUUAACUAUGUAUUUGCUUUAUGUGCUGGCAUCGGUUUGUAAAGUUACAGUUAUGAGAGCCUGUAUAUCCACAAUUGUAAGUUACUAUGUUGUUCAGUUAAUUUUAGAAUAAACUGAUUAAAAUAACAACGAUAACUAAUUGAAAUUUUUCAUCGUAAAACUGCAUGCUGCUGCUAAUAUUUUUAAAAAUUCUCUGUAGCUCUUUCAUCAGAAAACAUUGACAAGUACAAAUUUAUAAUUCGUAUAUCGUAGUAUAGCUAUCAAAAAUUUUGAAGCGUAAUUUUUGAUAAAUGUGAAUAGGUGACGAUAUAGUCUUAAAUUAAUAACUCUUCAUCACUUCGCUAUAUAAUAAAUAAAAAGGUAUAUCCAAUUGGUUGUUAAAAACUUUAAAGUUUAAAAAUAUUUCCAUAUAAGUGUAUAUAGAAAUACAGAUGUUCGUAUUUCAUAAUUACUUUAUCUGCCUUUUCAUGAACAUCAAAUACUAUACUUAUAGUAGGAUAACUCAAUUUUAAAAUAGAGAGUAACUGAAUUUCAUAGUAACUCGUUUUUUGUUUUUGUACACCACAAAACACCCUACAUUCUAAUCUACUUCCCCUAUAUCUGCCUAUGAAAAGCGACCAAUCUUUUUCGUUUUGUUUUAAAACGGUCAUGGCAAUUCUUAGCACUGAUUUGUAAAUGAAUGUUGGGCCUGUGAUGUCAACAAACCAAAGGAUGCUAAAAUUUUGAAGCCUAUAUGAAUAAUUAUUUAUAGGCUAGAUAAUAUUGUUAUGUUUAACUAACUUGUACUUACUGAUGGUAAAUAAAUUGUUUUAAAAGAUA